AUGAAGUCCUCUAUUUUUCUCUUGAGGCUUUUGACCCUCGUGGGGGCUCAAUCCGGUCCAAGCCACUACACUGUCCAUGAGCGAAGGGAGUCCACCCCCAGCUACUGGAACAAGGGUCAAAGGCUCGAUGAAACAACAUCACUUCCCGUACGAAUUGGCUUAGUUCAGCCCAACCUGGGCUAUGGCCAUGACCUCCUUAUGAAGAUGUCUGAUCCAUAUUCGAGUCGUUACGGAAAACACAUGUCACAAUCGGAGGUGCAUGAUCUUUUUGCACCAAGCCAACAAAACAUUGAUGAUGUCCGCUCGUGGCUGGAGUCUUCUAACAUCUCCCAGGGCCGUAUUUCACAAUCUGUUAACAAACAGUGGCUUCAGUUCGAUGCCAGGGUUGAAGAACUAGAACGCUUACUCCAUACUGAAUAUCAUAUCUAUUCGCAUACAGAAACAGGGAGACAAUAUGUCGCAUGCAGCGAAUAUCAUAUUCCAAGCUCGCUGGGUGGGCAUAUUGACUACAUUACUCCAGGAGUUGCAUUGCGGGAAUUUGGAAGCUCUACAGCCUCUCGCAUCCAAAAACGGAGUAUCAACGGUUUGCCUCCGGUUAUUGAGCCACCGCAUGCGUCUCUUCAGGAUAUCAUCAAUAACGGUACUGAUAUUUGUGAUAUUACCAUCACGCCACAAUGUAUCAAGACCAUGUACAAUAUCAGCAAUGGCACAUUGGCUACUAAAGGCAACGAGCUGGGUAUCUUCGAAGGGAUCGGAGAUGUGUAUUCACAAGAAGAUCUAAACCUUUUCUUCUCAACUCUGGCCAGCGAAAUUCCCCAAGGAACUCACCCAGUGCUAGACGCAAUUGACGGAGCACAAGCACCAGCUUCUCUUUUCAGUUCUGGCGUUGAAUCUGACUUGGACUUCCAAAUCUCAUAUCCCAUUAUUUGGCCCCAAAAUUCAAUUCUCUUCCAGACAGACGACAUGCCAUAUGAGAAUAACUAUACCUUCAAAGGCUUCUUGAACACGUUUCUUGAUGCUAUUGAUGGUUCCUACUGUAGCGAAAUAUCCAACCUCGAUCCCACAUAUCCGGAUCCUCAGAAUGGGGGAUACAAGGGAACUUUGCAAUGUGGGGUCUUUAAAUUACCCAGCGUGAUAUCAAUCUCCUAUGGCAGCGCAGAGGCAGAUCUUCCGGUUUCUUACCAGCGCCGUCAAUGCAAUGAAUUUAUGAAGCUAGGCAUGCAGGGUGUAUCCGUUGUGGUUGCUUCCGGUGACUCUGGUGUGGCUGGACGGAAUGGUGAUCCUACUCCUAGCAAUUGCUUGGGCGAUAAUGGUCAGAUAUUUGUCCCUGACUUCCCUGCUUCAUGUCCUUAUAUGACCGCUGCGGGCGCGACCUACCUCCCAAGUGGCACUCAUGCCAGUGAUCACAAAGAAGUGGCUGUCUCUCGGUUCCCAUCUGGUGGCGGCUUCAGCAACAUAUACGAACAGCCCAGUUGGCAAUCAAAGGCCGUAGCAGCAUACUUCGCUAGGGCAAACCACACGUACCCCUAUUACGAGGGUGUCAACAAUAAUAACAUUGGGGCAAACGGUGGAAUAUACAAUCGCAUUGGUCGAGGCUACCCUGAUGUCUCUGCCGUGGGCGACCAUGUCCUGAUAUUCAACAGAGGAGCUCCUGCUCAGAUCGGCGGCACAUCGGCUUCAGCGCCUGUCUUUGCGGCAAUUCUUACUCGAAUCAACGAGGAACGUCUGAAAGUAGGCAAACCGACCGUCGGAUUUGUUAAUCCUGUUCUUUAUGCCCAUCCAGAGGCCUUUUUUGACGUAACGACCGGCAAUAACCCCGGCUGCAACACAUCUGGGUUCAAAUCAGUUGAGGGUUGGGACCCGGUAACUGGGCUGGGAACCCCCAAUUAUCCGGCCUUAUUGAAGAUUUUCAUGACGGGGAUUUAG